AUGGAGAACUCAGCAGACAUCGAUAGGAUCAGCAAUUUACCAGAUGAGUUACUCUGUCACAUACUGUCUUUUCUAUCAACCAAACUUGCUUUUACCACCGCCGUUCUUUCUAAGCGGUGGAGGCCACUCUUCAACCUCAUUACCAAACUCAUCAAAACAUUAGACCUCAACUUUCAUCCUAGGAAUCGCAAGAGUUUCAACCAUUGGAUCAAAACUGCAAAACAGCAUCCUCUCGAGAAUCUCGAACUACGUAGCAUGCUUCACCACAACAAGAGGAUCACCUUGUGGCCAAGUAUUUUCAUAUUUCCAACACUUGUUGUUCUCAAAUUGACGAAACUAAAAGUGGUUGAUAAUAUCUCUGUCGAUCUUCCCUCUCUUAAGACCCUUCAUUUGAUUAAUGUAAUGUUAAAAAAUAAGGAUAAUUUCAACAAGCUUCUUAAUGGGUGUCCAAUUUUAGAAGAUUUGCACACAAACAUUUACUAUAUGGAAGAACAAGGCGAAGGUGUUAGGCUUAAGCCCUUAUCCAAAUUGAUGAGUGCCAAUUUCAGUAGUACACUUGAUGUUCCUAUUAAAGCAAUUCAAAAUGUCCAUUUUUUACAAUUUAAGAUUUUGGGGAUGUCUCUUGAGCCAAAGAUAAAUUCGUAUUAUAGUGACUUUCUUUUACUUCAAAACUUAAUCCACCUUGAAUUACACUUUUAUCACAUGCAUCAGUGGGACGAUGUCGUGGAAUUGCUCCUGACUUGCACCAAGCUUCAAAUUCUUUCUAUUAAGCUUAAGUGGUCAUACUUAUCCAACAAAGAUUUGGAUAUAAACCCAAAUGUUGUUCCUAAGUGCAUUUCUUCUCACCUCAGAUCAUGUACUUUAAACUAUGAGGGCUUCAAAGAUCAAAUUCAAUUUGCAACAUAUAUUUUAGAGAAUGCCCCACUUUUACGAGUCAUGAAGAUCACCGUUGCUGAAAAAUUUUCAAGUCAGGGAGAUUUAUAUGAAUUAGAAUCGUGUCCAAGGAUUUCUUCCGAAUGUGAACUUUCAAUUAGUGUCACCUAG